GCGAGCGAUCGCUUCAACAUCAGCAGCCAGUUGGAGCACAUGCAGGCGAGAUACGUGGGCACGGGACAUGCUGACACCACCAAGUACUUUUUGGCAGUGAGCAUCCACAGGGACAGCUAUGCAUCAUAUGUGGGGUACCACUUCACCCGCUGCUGGCCUUCUCUCCUCUCGCUGUGCCUAUGUUUCCUCUCUCUCACUGUGCCGAUGUUUCCUCUCUCUCACUGUGCCUAUGUUUCCCCUCUCUCACUGUGCCGAUGUUUCCUCUCUCUCACUGUGCCUAUGUUUCCCCUCUCUCACUGUGCCGAUGUUUCCUCUCUCUCACUGUGCCUAUGUUUCCCCUCUCUCACUGUGCCGAUGUUUCCCCUCUCCCUCAACCCCUUCCCCCCUUCCCCCAGCGAGUGGGCGGUGAACAUCCACAGGGACAGCUACGCCUCCUACGUGGGGCACCACCCGCUGCUGGCCUUCUUUGCCGUGGCGGAGAAUGAGAGCAUCGGCCGCGAGCGAUACAACUUCAUGCAGCGCAUGCUGCUGCCAUGUGGGCUGCCGCCAGACCGUGACGAGGAGUGA